AUGACCGCGUCCCUCCAGCCCGAUGGCCAGAACGACUCUGUGCCACCGCCGCGCCACUCCAUCUACGAGGCCAGCUCGCAGUACCGGCACUGGCGGUUCUCGCCCGAGCAGCUCGAGCACAUGAGAGAGGCACUCAACGGUGCCGCAGUUUCUGCGAUCCGAGAUGCCUUCGAAGCCGACUCUCCUGGCUCCUCUGCCAACGUCUCCUUCCUCACUGCCCAUGAGGAGCACCUCCUCGUCAAACUCUAUGCGGGGAAGAUCUCUCAGCUCUGCGGUCACUUCCGCUUCCCUGAAGAAGUCGAGGCCACAGCUGUGGCCUAUCUCAAACGGUUUUAUUUAAAGAACACUGUAAUGGAUUGGCAUCCGAAGAACGUGAUGCUUACUGCAUUGUUUCUUGCAACGAAAACAACCAACCAUCCGAUAUCGUUGGAGUCGUACGCGUCACACAUACCACGGACAGCACCUUCGGACGUGUUAGAUCUCGAGUUCCUGGUGGCCCAAAGCCUCGGGUUCGACUUCGCAGUAUGGCAUUCUCAUAGAGCGCUUUGGGGAAUCUGGUUAGACAUGCAGACAUUACCAGACAUCUCGUUAGACGACCUGGGCAGAGCCUACGAGGAUGCGGCGAAGCAUGCCCGGGCGGCGCGACUAACAGACGCAGAGUUUGUGUACACGCCGUCGCAAAUUGCUUUGGCGUGCUUCUCGCUUGCAUCGCCCACACUGGCAUCGGCGUGGGCGCACGCCAAAUUUUCAGCCGCACCAACACCGCCGAUCGCGGUCGAGGCCAUUCAAACCAUCAUCUUACAGGACGGCUCACCGCCGGACGUGGAAGCCGUGCGGGAAGUCGAUCGGCGACUCCGGCUGUGCAAGAACCCGGAGAAGGUGGUGGGGAGCAACGCCUACAACAAGAAGAUGCAGGAGAAAGAAAGGAAGGCGGACGAGAAGAGGAAGCGCAAGGCGGACGCCGCGAGGCUCGCGAUGGAGGACGGCGAUCCAUUCGGGAGUGAACUUGGGAAGAAAGCGAUAGAGGAAGAUCUCGACGAUGACGAUGACGACGACGACGAUUAA